GGGAGACGUGCGUCAGCCUGUAAAUAACCGCGUCUCAUUGGCUAGAAUGUGUUAUAGAAACAAGCCCAACACCCUAGAAACCGCGUCACUGCCGUGAAGCAGGGUGAAGUGUUGGAAACUUGUUUUGCAGGCUGAGGGCGGGCGAUGCGGGCUGCUAUCCGAUUGGCUGCAGUGGCGUUGCCCAUGGGCCUGCUGCUGUCUCGCACGAUGUCCUGGAUGUCGAGCGGUCGAACCCACGCCGAGCUCAUCGGGAACCUGCGCGAGCAUGGUGUGAUCCGGUCUCAGCGUGUGUAUGAAGUCAUGCUGGCCACUGACCGGGGACAUUACAUCACUGAUCUCCCCUACAUGGACUCCCCGCAGCCUAUCGGGUUCAAGGCUACGAUCAGCGCCCCGCACAUGCAUGCUCACGCUCUAGAGGUGCUCGGUGACAAUCUGGGGGAGGGAGCCGCUGCGCUGGACGUGGGAUCAGGGAGCGGCUACCUCACUGCCUGCCUGGCCCGGAUGGUGGGCUCCUCCGGUCGUGUGGUGGGUAUCGAUCACAUUGCUGAGCUGGUUCAGGACUCCGAGCGCAACGUCCGAGCCGAUGACCCCACGCUGCUGACCUCCGGCCGGGUCAAACUCGUUGUGGGUGACGGGAGACUGGGGUACCCUGAGGGCGCCCCCUACGAUGCCAUCCACGUCGGCGCAGCGGCAGCUACCCUCCCCAAAGAGCUCCUGGCCCAGUUGAAGCCGGGGGGCCGGCUGGUGAUCCCGGUGGGCCCCGAGGGAGGGGGGCAGGUCCUGGAGCAGUACGACCGGCAGAGCGACGGCUCUGUGAGCAGGAAGCCCCUCAUGGGCGUGGUCUACGUGCCCCUCACUGACAAGCAGCGCCAGAGGCCCAGAGAUGACCUCUGACAGUGUCUGCUUCCCCUGCAGGGGGUGGGAGUGGUGCUGCUUCAGGUCCUGAGUCCGACUGACCCGAUCCGUACAGAACCACACAGGAAAAAAGUGUCCCCUGAUAGCACUCUGCACCUCUUAUGUGCCAAAUACUGUCCCGUGCAAAUUAGUUCCAGGCAGACCUCCUCUCCUUUACUUUAAUGAUUGUCAACUGAUGAAUCAAUCGCCAUGUUUAAAGAAAAAACUUGAGCGAAAAGCAACAACAUUUCAGCUUCUGCUAUCUUCAGGUAGUUUACAUGGAAGUAAUCUUCCAGAAGGUCUGUAAUAAUGUACACUGUGUUCUAAGCGAGCGCGCAGUGACGCUGGUAAAGGGCCCCUGUGUGUUUGUGUGCUCACAGGGUUGUUCUUGGCUGAUGAAUCCUGGUACAGCACCUCCUGUAAGGCUCACCACACAGCUCAAUGCAGAACAGGCAUGCUUAUACUCAGGGGGGGGUCACCUGUAAAAUACACAGAUUCAUAUCAGGAAAUCCAGGGGGUUGGGUGCGGUACAUUUAUUUGAAUAAAAAAGUUUUAGCACCACAGGAGUCUUGUCUGUUUGUGCAGUGCUGAAGUCUUGCUUACAGACUCUUCCAAACAUAGAAAAAGCAGAUUGCUGUUUAACAUGCUGAGAGUCCAAUCCAUGAGCGCAGGCUGUUUAACAUGCUGAGAGUCCAAUCCAUGAGCGCAGGCUGUUUAACAUGCUGAGAGUCCAAUCCAUGAGCGCAGGUUGUUUAACAUGCUGAGAGUCCAAUCCAUGAGCGCAGGCUGUUUAACAUGCUGAGAGUCCAAUCCAUGAGCGCAGGCUGUUUAACAUGCUGAGAGUCCAAUCCAUGAGCGCAGGCUGUUUAACAUGCUGAGAGUCCAAUCCAUGAGCGCAGGCUGUUUAACAUGCUGAGAGUCCAAUCCAUGAGCGCAGGCUGUUUAACAUGCUGAGAGUCCAAUCCAUGAGCGCAGGCUGUUUAACAUGCUGAGAGUCCAAUCCAUGAGCGCAGGCUGUUUAACAUGCUGAGAGUCCAAUCCAUGAGCGCAGGCUGUUUAACAUGCUGAGAGUCCAAUCCAUGAGCGCAGGCUGUUUAACAUGCUGAGAGUCCAAUCCAUGAGCGCAGGCUGUUUAACAUGCUGAGAGUCCAAUCCAUGAGCGCAGGCUGUUUAACAUGCUGAGAGUCCAAUCCAUGAGCGCAGGCUGUUUAACAUGCUGAGAGUCCAAUCCAUGAGCGCAGGCUGUUUAACAUGCUGAGAAUCCAAUCCAUGAGCGCAGGCUGUUUAACAUGCUGAGAGUCCAAUCCAUGAGCGCAGGCUGUUUAACAUGCUGAGAGUCCAAUCCAUGAGCGCAGGCUGUUUAACAUGCUGAGAGUCCAAUCCAUGAGCGCAGGCUGUUUAACAUGCUGAGAGUCCAAUCCAUGAGCGCAGGCUGUUUAACAUGCUGAGAGUCCAGUCCAUGAGCGCAGGCUGUUUAACAUGCUGAGAGUCCAAUCCAUGAGCGCAGGCUGUUUAACAUGCUGAGAGUCCAAUCCAUGAGCGCAGGCUGUUUAACAUGCUGAGUCCAAUCCAUGAGCGCAGGCUGUUUAACAUGCUGAGUCCAAUCCAUGAGCGCAGGCUGUUUAACAUGCUGAGAGUCCAAUCCAUGAGCGCAGGCUGUUUAACAUGCUGAGAGUCCAAUCCAUGAGCGCAGGCUGUUUAACAUGCUGAGAGUCCAGUCCAUGAGCGCAGGCUGUUUAACAUGCUGAGAGUCCAAUCCAUGAGCGCAGGCUGUUUAACAUGCUGAGAGUCCAAUCCAUGAGCGCAGGCUGUUUAACAUGCUGAGAGUCCAAUCCAUGAGCGCAGGCUGUUUAACAUGCUGAGUCCAAUCCAUGAGCGCAGGCUGUUUAACAUGCUGAGAGUCCAAUCCAUGAGCGCAGGCUGUUUAACAUGCUGAGAGUCCAAUCCAUGAGCGCAGGCUGUUUAACAUGCUGAGAGUCCAAUCCAUGAGCGCAGGCUGUUUAACAUGCUGAGAGUCCAAUCCAUGAGCGCAGGAUGUUUAACAUGCUGAGUCCAAUCCUGGGAUGAAAAGCAGAUGCAAUGUAUUGUAUUAAAUAAUAUCCAUUUAUUAUUUUAAUGUGUAGAAAUUUGAAUACAGUUUGUGUGAACUCUAUGCAUUGUGUUGGAAUGGGUUUCAGCAGUGAAGGGAUGGGGUUGGAAUGGGGUUUAGCAGUGAAGGGAUGGGGUUGGAAUGGGGUUUAGCAGUGAAGGGAUGGGGUUGGAAUGGGGUUUCAGCAGUGAAGGGAUGGGGUUGGAAUGGGGUUUAGCAGUGAAGGGAUGGGGUUGGAAUGGGGUUUAGCAGUGAAGGGAUGGGGUUGGAAUGGGGUUUCAGCAGUGAAGGGAUGGGGUUGGAAUGGGGUUUAGCAGUGAAGGGAUGGGGUUGGAAUGGGGUUUAGCAGUGAAGGGAUGGGGUUGGAAUGGGGUUUCAGCAGUGAAGGGAUGGGGUUGGAAUGGGGUUUCAGCAGUGAAGGGAUGGGGUUGGAAUGGGGUUUAGCAGUGAAGGGAUGGGGUUGCAAUGGGGUUUAGCAGUGAAGGGAUGGGGUUGGAAUGGGGUUUAGCAGUGAAGGGAUGGGGUUGGAAUGGGGUUUAGCAGUGAAGGGAUGGGGUUGGAAUGGGGUUUAGCAGUGAAGGGAUGGGGUUGGAAUGGGGUUUAGCAGUGAAGGGAUGGGGUUGGAAUGGGGUUUCAGCAGUGAAGGGAUGGGGUUGGAAUGGGGUUUAGCAGUGAAGGGAUGGGGUUGGAAUGGGGUUUCAGCAGUGAAAAGGGUAUCUGGCGCUGUUUAGCAGAAUAACCUGUUUACACACAAAUGAUCAAUAGACUGCAUUAAAGAGAAUCAAAGUGCUGGUGUAUCUGAAAUGCUUUCAAAUAAACAGUUGUGCAUUUCUUUUUUAAUGUUGUGUAUAAAUAUGUUCUGUGCUGUAGGCUGCUGCCAUUAACAUUGUAAAGUGUGUGUGUGCGUGUAAUGUAAAACAAAUAAAAAAAAACGUUAUUUGAA